AUGCUCAAGACCGGAUUAAUAUGGUGCCUUUUGGUGGGUCUCUAUUUUGGGCCCUCCAGCGCCCAUCCAGUCAACGACGUCACCUCGAGUGUCAUGAUCCCUGAGGCCGAUGAUGUGUCUUACCGUUUGCCCAACGACACCAAGCCUAUUCGGUAUGAUAUCAGUUUCACAACCAACAUUCAUGCUGCCGACUUCAUCUACACGGGAUCCGAAACGAUUCUCAUCGACGUGCUCGAGUCAACCAGCGUUAUUACCAUGCAUCAUCGUGACAUUACCAUCAGGAGCGUUGUUGUACGCGCUCAAGGAAGCAUCGUGGAUCUGUUCCUGAGCCACAGCUACGACGCAGACACAGAAUUUUUCCAAAUUACAACGAGCUCUAGUCUCAAUGUGGGAACUUACGAAGUUAUUAUUGACUUCGAUGGUCUUCACUCACGCCAAGUGACAUACGGAUGGUAUGCUGCUGCUUAUACAAAUGACCAGGGACAAACUAUGUGGCUCGCAACUACGGACUUUGAGGCUCCAGACGCUCGUCAAGCUUUCCCAUGCUACGAUAGUCCCGAAUUUAAGGCUGUCUUCAAGUUCACCAUUACUUAUCACCAAUCUUAUGAAGCCAUCUCGAACAUGCCUGAGACAUCAACGACAAUUACAAAUCAAAUGAAAACCACCACUUUCCCAGACACGCCAAUUAUGUCCACAUAUUUGUUGGCUUUCGUGGUGUCUGACUUCGGUAAGCAAUGCGGACAGGAUCGAGAAUCUCGCAGCCACUGUGCCUACGCCCGGCCGAACGCCUUGCACCUCUUGCCGUGGUCCCUGCAGACAGCCAUCAAGGGAGUGGAGGCUUUGGAUGAGGUGUACGGAGUGAAAUACCCUCUGCCCAAGCUCGACCAGAUCGCCAUUCCGGAUGUCUACUUCGGAUCAGGCGCCAUGGAGAACUGGGGAUUAGUGACAUACCGCGAAAGUCGCCUCCUCAUCGAUGAAUCUAACUACAACUAUCGCGAGAAGGACUCCAUCGGCACAGUGAUUCUGCACGAAUUCGCCCAUCAGUGGUUCGGCGAUCUCGUCAGUCCAAUGUGGUGGACUUACUUGUGGCUCAAUGAAGGUUUCGCCACACUCUACGAGUACUACGGCACGAACAUGGUUUAUCCAGAUAUGAGACUAAUGGACUUGAUGGUGUAUGAAACAGUUCAAGGAAUUAUGCUGAGGGAUGGCGUUGUUGGAACUCGUCCCAUGACGCACUAUGUUGAAACACGCGCCAACAUUCGCGGUCUUUUCGACUAUGUGAGCUAUCAGAAGGCAGGAACCGUGCUGAGGAUGAUGAUGUACGCACUCACAGAGCCAACAUGGCACAAGGGAUUGAAAUACUACCUAGAAAAGAUGCAAUACAGCAAUGCUGUUGCUGAGGAUCUCUUUGAAGGCAUUCAACGGUCUGUCUCUGAGGACAGUGCUCUUCCAACAGGACUCAAUGUGCUCACAAUCAUGAACUCAUGGACCCUCGUUGGAGGCUUCCCGGUUAUCACUGUGACGACUCCUUCUGCAAAUGGCUUCACCCUCACGCAAAAGGCCUGCAUUAAUAAUAAUUUUGAUCAGCCACCAUCCAACUGGUACAUCCCCAUCACAUACAGCACUAGAAGUAACCCCAAUUUCGAGCGCACAACGGCCCAGGAAUGGUUCCGUGGUGACGCCAGCAGUCUCCAAGUUACUGUGAGCGGCUUUAACAGCGAGGAAGAUUGGUUGAUCCUCAAUAACCAGCAAACGAGCUACUAUCGCGUCAACUACCCCAUGUCCAAUUGGCUUAAGAUCGCCGAUGAGCUCAACAAUGGCACGUACACAGACAUUCAUCUCCUCAAUCGCGCCCAGUUGCUCGACGAUUCUCUGGAUUUGGCCUCAUUUGGUGUGCUAGACCUCGAUGUACCCCUCAGAAUCAGCUACUACCUUCGCAACGAGACCGAUUACAUUCCCUUCGCCAGUUGGAGUGCCGGUUUCACCUCCUUCUACGACAAGCUCGUGCUCUCCGAUCACUCCGAUAGAAUUACGAACUACGUUCAGCAAAUUGUGGAGCUUUUCUAUGAGACUUACGGUGCGACGGCUGGUACAAAUGAUGUUUACUUCACGAUCCUUGCCAGAACUCUCGCUAUUCAGUGGGCCUGCCGCGUUAGCAAUAGUGAUUGCCUCGAGCACACAGCCAAGGAGAUGAGCGAACACAUCAAUAAUGGCAAAGUUCUGGCUCUUGACUACAGCACAGUGAUGCCAUGCGCUGGUUUGAGGAAUGCCACGGACACUGACUUCCUGGCGUACUUCGAUCGCCUGAAGACUACCUCAUCCGGUCGCAGUACCAUCAUUAAUAACCUCCUGUGCACUUUCAAGCAUAGUCAAAUUGAAUUGCUUCUGCAAAUGGCUCUCAGUUCGCCCGCUCUGACGCAAAUCACCAACACUGAGGCAUCAAAUAUCAUCAUUGGAGUCGCCACGAAGAAUCUUCAUUACUACGAAGUCGUGCUGGACUUCAUUCGCGACAAUGCGUUCUAUUUGAGAUAUCGUUUCACUUACUUGCAACUGCAGAACAUCUUCCGUGCGCUCAGCCAACAGACGUACAGUGAGAGCAAUGCGGAGUCUCUGAAGGAGCUCUUCAAGAGCUUCGAGACGGAACUUGGCGAGUCGUUCGAGACAGAGUUCGGCAACCUCAUAAACGCGAACAUUCAGUGGAUGAAGGAUGUGGCCAAUCCAGCGAUCGACCAGAUGCGCUACUACGUUGCCAGUGGAUCGUACAUCUUCAUCUCCAUGACUGCCAUCUUCGUUUCCGUGAUUUCCUUCGUACUUCUGCAGUAA